UGCCACUUCCGGCCGAAGUUGACCGCCCUGUGAAUCCAGAAGAGGAAGAGGGAACCAUCCCUGUGCAAACAGAAGUCAUGGCAGAGGGCGUGAAGUUCAAAGAUGUUGCCAUUUACUUUUCUCAAAACGAGUGGGAAUGUUUGCACUCUGCUCAGAAGGAUUUGUAUCGAGAUAUAAUGUUGGAGGCGUACAAUAACCUGAUCUCGCUGGGACUUUGUGGUGCUAAGCCAGAUGUGAUCUCCUUAUUGGAGCAGGGGAAGGAGCCCUGGAUGGUUAAUAGGAACGAGACAAAAGUAUGGUGCCCAGACUGGGAGACCAGAAGAGAAACCAGAAAUUUUUCUCUAAAAGAAAAUAAUUGUGAAAGUAAAUCAUUGCAACAGAAGAUAGCGAAAACAAUUUUAAGCCCUAACCUUGAGGACAAUAGGGUCAGAGAUAAGAGAGAAAACAAGUCUCAGUUGGAGAGACCAAAGGAGGGACAUUUCAGACAAACUGUGAUAGCCUCUGAAGAAAAGUCUACUUCCACUCAGCACAGAGACCGUAGUCUACCUCAGACAAAGCACACAAGAACAAAAUCCAGUGAUUGCAAGGAACGUAAGGAAGUUGCCCUGAACCAGUCACACCGCAUCCCACAAGAAGUAAGUCAUAGUAAGGAAAAAGAUUCCAAAUGUGGACAAUGUGGGAAAACCUUUAAUACUAGUUCUGACUUGAUUAAGCAUCAAAGAAUUCAUGAAGGUAAAACAGGUAAUGAAAAUAAGAACUCUAAUUUUAUUCAUGACUCUGAAAGUACUAAACGUCAGAGCAGUAAUACUGGGAAGAAACCUCAUAAAUGCAAGGAAUGUGGGAAAGCUUUCCGUUCUCAUUCACAACUUAAUAAACAUCAAAAACUUCAUAUAGGUGAGAAACCCUAUAAGUGUAAGGAGUGUGGAAAGGCCUUUCCAUCUACCUCCCAACUUAAUUUACAUCAGAGAAUACAUACUGAUGAGAUAUACUAUGAAUGUAAGGAAUGUGGGAAGGCCUUCACCCGUCCUUCUCACCUUACUCGACACCAGACAAUCCAUACUGGUGAAAAACCUCAUAAGUGUAAGGAAUGUGGAAAGGCUUUUCGUUAUGAUACACAACUUAGACUUCAUCUGAUCGAUCAUACUGGGGAACGCCGCUUUGAAUGUAAGGAAUGUGGGAAAGUCUAUAGUUGUGCCUCCCAACUGAGUUUACAUCAAAGAAUUCAUACUGGUGAGAAACCUCAUAAAUGUAAGGAAUGUGGGAAAGGUUUUAUCUCUGACUCACAUCUUCUUCGACAUCAAAGUGUCCACACUGGCGAAAAACCAUAUAAAUGUAAGCAGUGUGGGAAGGCCUUCCGCCGUGGCGCGGAACUUACUCGGCAUCAGAGAGCUCACACUGGUGAGAAACCCUAUAAAUGUAAAGAAUGUGAAAUGGCCUUUACUUGUAGCACAGAACUGAUUCGCCAUCAAAAAGUUCACACUGGUGAGAGACCACAUAAAUGUAAGCAAUGUGAUAAGGCUUUUAUCCGAAGGUCAGAACUUACUCACCAUGAGAGAAGUCACAGUGGUGAGAAACCCUUUAAGUGUAAGGAAUGUGGGAAGACCUUUGGUCGUGGCUCAGAACUUAGUCGACACCAGAAAAUUCAUACUGGUGAGAAACCCUAUGAAUGUAAGCAAUGUGGGAAGGCCUUUCUUCGUGGCUCACACCUUAGUCAGCACCAGAAAACUCAUGCAGACUGGAGUGAUUGAAGCAAUGUGGGAAGGUGGGGAUGCUCAGAAAUUCAUACUAGUAAAACUCAAAAACUCCUGUUUUUGAGGACAGCAACUCAUGGAUUCAUGCGUAGAUGUAAGACCUUUACUUAAGGGCUAAAGCAAUAGUACUGCAGGACACUUGCCUUGCACUUGGGGAUCCCUGGCAUUAUAUACAAUCCCCUAACAUCUCUCAGGAGUGAUCCCUGAACACAGAGCCAGGAGUAAACCCUGAGUAUAGCUCAGUAUGACCCCAAACAAAAAAAAGAUCUUACUUAAGUACCAGAAUAUACAUAACAUUAAUGUUAGACAAUAACAUCCUUCCUUAUAAACAUUAAGAAUUGAAAGGAGGGGCUGAAGAGAUAGCACAGCGAGUAGGGUAUUUGCCUUGUACGCAGCCGACCCGGAUUCGAUAUUCGCAGCAUCCCAUAUGGUCCCCUGAGCACUGCCAGGAG